AUGGAGCAGCACCGGGCACCGGAGCUGGUUCUCGCUUACAUGUUGGACGAGAGUCAGCCGCUUGGAGCACCGGUGGACGUCGUGGUCAACCCCAGGUCCGAGGGGAUGUGGCCCGCCGCCUCGUGCCCCCUCCAGCCAAAGCUCGCGACGCCCGGGGAUGCCAAUUGCAAAGAAGGGACGACACCCGCGUCCUUCUUGUCCCCUUUUGUGCCGACUCCUGCGGGUGGAUAUGCGGGGGAAGAGUCAGCGCUGGAAGAGUCAGCGCUGCCCGAUCCGGGCCACGAUCUUUCGAGCUUGAGCUGCGACUCGGUCAUCUUGCCCGCGUCCCCUAGAGAUUUGCACUUGGAUGCUCGAUAUAUGGCCAAUACCUGGUCCUAUGAAGCGCCUCCGAACAUGUACGCGCUGUGGACCCCUCCCCCCGGAUCCCUCCACAUGGAGAUCAUGCCCGGGGGAACGGCGCUCGUGAUGCAUCCAUGUAUGCACCUCCAAGGCCAUCAACAUGGGCAAUUCCAGCACCCUCACCAUCAGCAGCUGCUGGAUCAGCCACUGGAACCUGGUCUACCGCUUCAAAUGUCGCCGAUCCACGACUCUGGGGUCUCAUCCCUGCUGUCCGUAUCAGGAACGCCAGCCUUCAUGACUCCUUAUCCGGUAAUGAUGCAGCAGCCGGCUCACGGAUCCGUACCCAAUCCUGGCUUUUCUACGACACCCACGGCAGUGAAUCUAAGUGAUAUUAUGGUGUCAGGUGAUCUGAGCAUGUUCCUCGCACCGAACGGCAGCCCAACACGCCUGACAAAGCAGUAUGUGAGACCCAAAUUGCACACUGGCGGCGCGGGUAACGUGAAGAAUCUCACGCUGAAUGAGUUGCGUCCGCACUUUAACAAGCCAAUGGCAGUGGUUGCCAAGGAACUGGGUGUGUGCAUCACACUGAUGAAGAAGAUAUGUCGACGCAACGGACUCGUGCGCUGGCCACAUCGACGUAUUCGCAGUCUCGUGAAUCGCAUCUCGUCAUUGCAAAUACUGUCAAGUACUGCUGCAACUAUUGAGCGCAAGCGCUUCCUGGCACAAAUUGCGGGACUGCGCGAAGAACUGUCAACAGUGAUUCAAAAUCCGAACGAAAAGAGUCACAAGGCUCGAAGUGAAGUCCUCCAGCAGCCUGUUAAAACGGAAAAGGUGUUGUCUAAGGAGAUCAGGAAUGAACUACUCACUGCUUUAACGACGGACGAGAUCGUGGGUCAAGCCGGAUCAAAUGAGAAUGGAAUGAAGUCCCACGAGAAUGGAGGGAUAGAAUCGGUCAAGGUCAGGAAAGCACAAAAAGGGGUCAAAGCAGCAGGUAAAGCUUCUGUAAAUAAGCUCACGGGACGUGACAGAGUCCGAACAAAGAAACGCAAACCGUCAUUCGGUCUCCAUGCGCACCAACCUCCGCCGAUUAAGAUACCGCGACACGACGAGUUGCCAUCCAUAAGCCGCUUACGCAGCCAAAGUGUGCCUGAGAGAAAGCUGCGUGGAGAUCGACGAUAUGGGCGGGGACGCGAUAUAUAUACUGGUAACAGCUGCAUCGGUGCACGUCCCUCCACCACAACUCAUCGCAACGGCAGGCGCGGUUCCAUUUCGUCCAUUUUAAACGGUAUUCCCGAGUGA